AUGUCCAGUGCUUUCCAAACAGUGCCCCAUCAUCCAACAUCAGCUGCUUCGCAAUUCGGUCGACAAUACCCGUCGGCCCAUCCAUCUCCGACACGGGAAGGGCCCGGCUAUCAUGCAAAUCAGGAACUCUCGGGAGCCUCACCAGCAUCGUCUUCCGGACGACCUCCUUACAGACCCAGCACCAACGACGACGCGGACCCCUCUCCCAACGCUCCAAUGAGCUCCCGCGCCGCCGUCGCCUCACCGGUGACAAUUCCGGUGCAUUCCGCCACAGAUCCUUCUGAACUACAGUUCGCGGAGCGAAGGCGUAACAUGCCGACCGCCGUCCCUCCGCGGACAUCAAGUUCCCGGCGGACUCAACCUAGCGAGCGCUCCGCUGACCCGUCCCGCCGAACCCACGCCGAUUCCAGCCGCGACGCGAACGGCAGGAUAGAUCCGUCCGAGCAGAGCUCCCGCAGCCGACGAGCAAACCAAGCUUCCCAGGAUCAAUACGGGGUAAAUGGCACCCGCGAUGCCCGCGGAAACCCUUCGGCGACAGGACCAGCCCGCUCACCGCCUCUCAACGCGCAUUCGACCAACGGACCGUCAAGGGAGGCGAGCGAGAUUUUGAACAGCAUCUUGAUUUCCCAGCCUGAAGUUGACAUUGAGAGAGAAAAGGAGCGCCUCGCCCUGGCCCAGCCGCACCAAGAUGCGGGACUGCACGACGACGAUGCGGCAUCACCCCCCGUGGUUGCAAUGUCCGACCCCGCAGAAGACACGAGGCGCAGCGGGAGAAGUCGGCACGAUCACUCAAGACGCGAAAAGCAGACCAAGUUUGGCGAGUUCAUAUUGGGGAAUACAAUUGGUGAGGGUGAGUUCGGGAAAGUCAAACUCGGCUGGAAGCAAGAAGGAGGUGUGCAGGUCGCCAUCAAGCUCAUCAAAAAGGACCAGCUAGGCGGCAACCCCUCACGCAUGGCCAAGAUUAUGCGCGAGGUGGCCAUCUUGAAGCAGCUAACGCACCCCAACAUUGUCCGACUCCAUAAGAUGGAAGAAUCGGAUAGGCACUAUGGAAUCGUGUUGGAAUACGCCUCCGGGGGCGAGCUGUUUGACUACAUCUUGAACCACCGAUACCUGAAGGACAACGCCGCACGGCGGUUAUUCGCCCAGCUCGUGUCAGGGGUGGGUUACCUGCACAAGAAGGGAAUAGUGCACCGCGACUUGAAGCUGGAGAACCUCCUACUGGAUCGGAACCGCAACAUCAUCAUCACAGACUUUGGGUUCGCUAACACGUUCGACCCGCACGAGGAGCUGAGCGAGGAGGAAGAGCUGAACCUGACAGAUCGCGAAUUCGUUAAGCGCGUGGGGCUGGACAAGGUCAAAGCCAACGGCUCACGAAAGGGCGACCUAAUGCAAACCAGCUGCGGCAGCCCCUGUUACGCAGCGCCGGAGCUCGUAGUUAGUGACUCGUUAUACACCGGAAGAAAGGUGGAUGUUUGGAGCUGCGGUGUUAUCCUGCUGGUUAUCUUCCCUUCGAUGACGACCCGGCGAACCCCGAAGGCGACAAUAUCAACCUUCUCUACAAAUACAUCGUCAACACCCCCGCUAACCUUCCCCGAGUACGUCACUCCUCACGCGCGCGACCUGUUGCGGAGGAUUCUCGUUCCGAACCCGCGCAAAAGAGCGGACUUGUUUGAGGUGGCCCGCCACAGCUGGCUUAGCGAGUACGCCCAUGUCGUCGAGUUCAUUACGUCGAGCACCACGAGCCCCAAAGAUAUCCAAAACACGACGGUACCCGCAGAAGAGGAGGAGAACCCGUCCCUCGGGCGGAGUUCGUCGGUGCGGGAAUCGUCAAAAAAGACGGCCGUUUCACCUCCAAUUGGCGGGUUGGUCAGCAAACAGGGCACCAUCGAUGCGGACGCAGAGGCUACCGCGCAAGCCAAGCAGCAGAGGGACAACAAGCGUCGUACGGUGCAGGUGGAAUAUGUGGCGCCGAAUACGACCACACAACGCGGCGAAUCGUCGGGCACUCAAGCAUCCGGCAGCCGUACGCGUGCUCGUCCCGGGAGCCAAGGAGCUGUGGAGGUUGCCGACGUUGGCUCGACAUCAUCACCCAAGGAGAAGCCGUUGCCUCAAAAUCACCAUGCGGGUGCAGAGUCGUACGCCAAGCCGCCGGUCGCGUCGAGGAGGCCGCCGAGCACUCACCGCAAUCCGAGCUCAUCAGCCGCAGCCGUUCGCGGCGCACGCGAGGGCCCGUUCAUGCCGACAGUCCCAAGCACCUCUUCCGCCAGGCCCGCAACCGGCGGCUCCAUGCAGUCGACCGGCUCUAAGGGCCCCGGGGCGGGCGCGAAACCCUCGUACAGUCAGCCGGUGCCCCCCGAGGUUGCAGAUACAAAUGCCCACGGAAGGAUCCAACAACCAUCACGAAGCGGCAGCAGCUACGGAAUCCCCACAUCGACAUCACAACCCCAACCCCAACCCCAACCUCAAGAGUAUGGGCGGCCCAGCACCACUCUACCUCCCAAAUUCGCCAGGCUCUCCGGCCUUGGUCCCGAGACGGGUGAUACCAGCCCCGGAGGCGCUUCGGGCGGGGAGGCCAAGGGCCACAAACGGUCUAGCACAAUGGGCGAGAUUGGCGGCAAGCUCUUCGGCCGGAGCGGGUCGCUGUUUGGCGGUAAGAACCGCAAACGGGCGGAGCAGCAACCGGCCGGGGAGAAGGGCAGGAAAUAUCCGCCUGUCAGCAUGAACAACUCGCUAUCAGGAGGUGAUGAAACGCGGCCGUCUAUGGAUUCGAAGCGCUCCCGCAGGUCCUUCUCUAUCGGCCUCGGUAAGAAGACAUCGGGCAGCAUCAGCGGCUCGCAGAAGUCCCAGGAGAAGCACGCGAGACGUUUUUCGUUCAUCCCGGCAUCUUUCUCGCUCAAGGCGAUCGGGAUCGGCAAAGAUGACCCGCAGCUCGAUUCACAGCAAGACCUACCUAUCCAGGAACCCCCGACCGUUGACCAAUAUGGUCGGUACACGGACCAGGACAUGGUGCGGGAACAGCACGUGGAUGCGUCCACUCUAGAUGGCAUGUACGCACAACUCCAUGAAGAAUCCCGCACGUCGAUCGAUCCCUAUGGGCGUCAAGAGCAGUACCCCGCCAACGGGUACGGACAUAUGUCCGCCAGCCAAGGCUAUGUGCCGGCUCCGCUCCUAAGCGGCGGCUCGGAUGGGUCGGUGGACAACAUGCGGCGCCCUGCCGGAUCUGCGCCGCAGCUCCCACAGCUUUCCCACCAGGACGGGGCCUACGACGGGCGCCGGGUUCCUGGUGGCCCCAAAGCCAACCGUGGUGUUCUGCAGAAAAACAAGCGGUUUGUCGACGCGUGGGACACUGACUCGUAUUCACGCGGCCACGACCACUCUGGCAGCAGCGGCCCCGCGAGGAAGGUUAUGGACUUCUUCAGGAGGAGAGGAAAGGCCAGGGGUGGCGAGAUCGGGUGAGCCAUGCUUGACCGUCGCAAAACGUCGGGUACUUGGCGUGUACCCGCCCUCCUUUAGCAACCCGUACCGGAAGUCGCGGAGACCGGUGGGAUUGAUGGCUGUUGGAGAGUGGCGCCAAGAAGAAGUUGACG